GAUAACCAUUUUGACGUUUCUCUUGUUUUGCUUGGUCUUUUUUGAGCGCUAUUUGCACGUGUUUUGUUCGCUAGUAUUUAUAAAAUUCGGUGAUUAAAUUAUUUUUACACAUUUUUUAAUAAGUGAAUCAACACAAUGCAGCACGACGAUGUGGUGUGGAGCAUUAUAAACAAAUCAUUUUGCUCACAUAAAGUCAAAACCGAUACGCGUACGUUUUGUCGACAUGAAUACAAUUUAACCGGUCUUUGUACACGCCGCACAUGUCCACUGGCUAACUCACAAUAUGCCACUGUCCGCGAAGAAAAGGGAAUAAUUUAUCUUUACAUGAAGACGGCGGAACGAGCACACAUGCCUAACAAACUGUGGGAACGUGUAAAAUUGUCACGCAACUUCGAAAAGGCCAUCGAACAGAUUAAUGAAAACUUGGUGUUUUGGCCAAAGUAUAUGAUUGCUAAAAAUAAGCAACGUUUUUUGAAAAUCACACAGUACCUCAUACGUAUGCGUAAACUGAAAUUGAGGCGGCAAAAAUUAAUCGUUCCACUUUCGCGAAAGAUUGAGAGGCGAGAAGCUCGCCGAGAGCAAAAGGCAUUGAUUGCCGCUAAAAUCGACAACCAUAUCGAAAAAGAGUUAUUGGAACGAUUAAAAAGUGGCACUUACCAAGAUAUUUAUAAUUUCCCACAAACGGCGUUCAACAAAGCGUUGGAAGCGGAAGAGGUGGAGGAUGAAGAAGUAAGUGAGGAUGAAGAGCAAGAAGUUGAAAAAGAAAUGGAAGUGGACGAUGAGGUGCGGCGCGAGUUGCUUGACGAAGAAUUUGUCGAAGCCGAUUCAGAUGAGGAAGAAGACGACGCGGACGAAGAUGAUGCCGGCAGUGAUUCGGGCGAGCGGGAAGAAAUCGAAAAGGACAGUGAUUUUGCUGCUUCCGAUAGUGAGGGUGAUGGAGAAGAUAUUGAGGUACGUAAAAUUUUUGAAAUAAGCAUAAUUUUAAUGGGAAGUGUAGGCAAGCGCGGGUGGUUAGAUCUAGUAGACGUUCCCACGACAGUCUGGUCUACGUAACGGGAACGACCCAGAUUUAUA